CACACACACACACGUACACCGUGAACGUGGAACGAUCUCAAUCAUCUGCCGUGACUCCUGUGUGUGCGAGACCGGAAUUUAAACAUGACGUUCUGAUGGAAUUGCUAUGAUAUCACAUCGGGGCCCGUUGCACUCGCCGAGCUGGUGUUCGAUCCGGAAAACGGCAGAAGGACAAAACAGGAGUGCAUGAUGCAAACGUCCACCGAUGCGCGGUUGCGAGAAGGUUGUCUCUGUCGUUUUGACAAUUAACGCCACACCUAAGUCACGCGAUUUAUUUAUCACACAAAUCUACGAGCGCGCACACAUCCCGAGACGUAGGUAACAGAAGAAAGUCUUCUUUUCCUUCCUUGAGAUACCUUGAGAUCCCGCGUGCACGAGGAUAGUUCGGGUGGUUUGGCUGUGAUCAUCUGUAAUUUUGCCCUGCUGUCGUACACGACUCCGGGGCAUUGACACAGGUGUUUAGAGACGUUUUGACUUCCUGGACUUCCUCUCGAAUUCGAAUAGGAAGGCGAAGUAUCCUGGGCGAGUCACACGUCUCUCAUGAGAGAUUCCUUCACGCAGCACUGAGCAGGUCUACGCUUAGAGCGUGCUGCGACAUAAAGUUGUAUUCAUGCCUUUUUGUCUGAGAGGUAACGUAGCUCGCAAAAUGGAAGAAUAUUCUGUCGCGUCGGACGUGUCGGUGGUGGACGUCUACGACAUUGCCUCGGAAAUAGGAAAGGAAUGUGAGAAGCUCAUAGAUCUGUUUGGCGUGGAAUCGGUGACCAAUCUGAUGCCAAAGGUGAUAAACGCUUUAGAGCUGCUCGAGAAUCUCGCCACCAAGAACGAGCGUGAGAAUACCAUGGUGCAGGAGUUGAGUGCCAAGAUCUCUCAGCUCGAGAGUGACAAGAUUGGAAAGGCUGAGGAUAGACAACGAUUUGAAAAGGAACUGGAGCAAAUUGAAGAACAUUGGAGGCAAGAGUCCCGCGAUUUAGUAGCCAUGGUUACUAGAUUACAAGAAGAAAAUAGACGAUUAGCCGAAGCUCUACAAGAAUCACGUAGUGAUAGUCAGUACAGCAGUAAACAAACAACUAUCACAGCUAGUCAGGAGGUUGAUGUAGCAGUUUUGCAACAUCUAAGGUCUAUGAUAGAUAAACAACGAGAACAGAUUCGUGCUAGGGACCGAGAAUUAUCACAAAAGACUGCAGAGAUUGAAAAUUUAAGUGCCCAAGUCGAGAAGCUUACGGUUUUGGGACGAGAACUGAAACGCAAACAACGACAAGCGCAAAUGCAAGCCCGAGGUUUAGUAGAAGAAAGAGCCGACUUUUUAGCUCAGCUACAAGACCAGAAUCGGGAACUUAUAAAUCUUCGGGGACGACUCGGCAUGGCUAAGAAAGAAAAUGAGGAUUUGAGUAAAUUGCAAGGCUGUCCCGAUUUAACGAACAAAGCGAUUUAUGACCUAGACGAUCCUGAUAGACCUAGAUUUACGACCGCCGAGCUAAAAGAGAUUUUGCACGAACGGAAUGAAUUGAAGGCAAGAGUUUCGGAUCUCGAAGAUGAAUUGGAACUGUAUCGACCAAAACCUGAAAUUCCUGAAGAUGACAAAGACGCACCCGUUCAAGGACCGCUCCCUUAUGAACCAGAUGAUGCACCAUGGAAAAAAUCCUCUGAAUCUGGCAUUCGUAAAUUCUUCCGAAAGAUAUUCUCCGAAUCUAGCAGCAGUUUUCUCGGAGGUAGCAGCCCUAGACGAAGUCUUUCUAGUCUUUCAAAGAUGGCCCUAUCUGGUACCAGUACCUGUGAUACGUCUAUAUAAUGCUUUCUUAAAAAUACAUUGGAUAAUUUUAAGUAACCAAUCGAAGAUGAUAACCGAAGACAACGUCGCUUAGGACUAGACUUUUUAUUUACAUGAUUAAUAUAUCAUAUUCUGACUGCUCGAUACACAUAUACGAUUUUACAUAGACAGUUUUAACGUAGAUAUGAAUUUCUGUAAAGAUAGUCUAGAUAUUAUUGAGACCUGAUUCAUAGUAGAUAGAUGUGCAUGCAAUGAGCGAACAGGAAAUACUAGAUUUGUAUAAACCUAUAAAAUGAAAGAAGAGACAUAUAUGCAUGUAUAUAUUUGUAUAGCUGUAAAAAAAGGGACAAUGUGUAUUUAGCUGCACGACCUUGAUACAUCAUGUAACUUCUCUCAAUUUUUCUAUUUCUCCUUAGACGUCAAAUUCAUUGAAAUUCAUACGUAGAAUUCAUAAUGCAUGUAAGAAAACCAUAUAAUAGUGAUAUAAUUAGAAACAAACAUCCUAGUUUUCUUUCAAAAUUACUAGGUACGUGUAGUUUUAAAUGUGCAUUGAUGAGAUUCUAAUUGUAUGUCUAAUGUGAAACAGGUCUCGCUUUAUAUGCAGAUAUACCAAAUAUUAUCAGAUAUCCAAUUAUUGUUUAUUAUUAUUAUUAUUAAGCUUUUAAAGAUGUUUAUGUUUUUCGAAAAUUUUUUUAUUCUAUUGACAAUAUUAACGAACUAUAAUGUACUCUGUUUAAUUUUGCAUUAAACGCAAUUUUUACAGUAAAUUCUGCAUUGCAGAAACCACAGCUUGUAAGCUUUUUUAAAUCUUCAUUGUGUCGAAA